AUGGAAUCUGCAGAGAAGAAGUACGACUUUGUUAUCGUUGGAGGUGGCCCAGCCGGCUGCGCUCUAGCUGCCGGUCUCGCGAAAUCAGCUCAGAGGCCCCUAGUCCUCCUCCUCGAAGCUGGCGGCCGCAAUGACGACCGACGCCUACGCGUCGACGGAAAGCGCUGGACAACAUUCAUGGAAGAGCAAGACCUAAACUGGGGCUAUAAGACCACACCCCAAGAACACUGCAAUGGUCGCGAACUUGACUACUCCCGCGGCAAGGGGCUUGGAGGCGGAUCUGCGAUCAACUUCGGAGUGUUCGCCGUCGGUGCAAAGGACGAUUACGACGAAUGGGCUGCCGGAGUUGACGAUGAGACCUUCGGCUGGAAGCAGAUGCAGAGGCGCUUUAAGAGCCUUGAGACUUUUAAUGGUAGCAUUGUUCGUCCUGAGCAUCAGAAAUAUGCUACUACUGAAGCGGCGGAUCAUGGUCGAACUGGUGGGUUGCGCAUUGGAUAUGCGCAGAAUUGGGAGAAAGAUUUGUCUACCGUUCUUGAUGCUUUUGAAGAAGCUGGAUUUAAGCGCAAUGCCGAUCAUAACUCCGGUAACCCGCUUGGUAUGGCGCUUACUAUCAACUCUGCUGGGCAGGGCAAACGCACUACUGCCGUGGAUUUGCUUGUUGAUGCGCCUGACAAUCUGACAAUUGUUACGGACAGCCCUGUACAGCGGGUGAUUUUGAACGGAAAGAGAGCUGUUGGUGUUGAUACCGGCAACCAGAAGUACUUCGCAUCCAAGGAUGUAAUCCUCUCCGCCGGAUCCCUUGACACCCCCAAAAUCCUAAUGCACUCCGGAAUCGGUCCAGCAACAGACCUAACCAAAUACAACAUCCCAGUGGUGCAAGACCAGCCGGCCCUAGGCAAAAACCUGGGAGACCACUACUUCGUACCCCUCAUCCUAGCCCGCAAACCAGAAACAACAGACCGAAACACUUUCUUCAAAGACAAAUCGGCAAUGGAAAGAGCCAUGAAACAAUGGGAAGAAACAAACACAGGUGAAUGGACACGCUACGGCUGCCAACUAGGAGCGGGCUGGUUCAAAUCGGACAAGAUAACCAGUUCGCCGGAAUUCAAAGCUCUACCAAAAGACGUGCAGGAGUUCAUGAACCGCGACACAAUCCCCCACUAUGAAAUGCUCACUCAUAUCCCCAUGCACUUCUUUGCGCCGGACUUGUUCAAGCAUGAUUAUAGCUACGUUGGCCUAGCGGCAUUUAUGAUGAACGAACAAUCGCGCGGCGAGGUAACGCUCAAUUCAUCUGACCCGAACGUUCCACUACUAUUCAACCCGCGCUUCUUGGAGGACCCCUUUGACAGACGCGCGUGCAUUGAGAUGUAUCGGCAUUUGUUGGAAGUAUCGCGGGCGCCGACGUUCGCGAAGGACACGGUUUCGACGUUGAUAGGCCCGGCGUCGGAGUCUGACGAGGAUAUUUUGGCGUUCUGGAAGGAUUCCUUGUCUUCUUCUUGGCAUAUGACUGGGACAGCUAAGAUGGGGAAGGUUGGGGAUAAGGAGGCUGUUGUUGAUCGCAGCUUUAAGGUUAUUGGGUUGCAGGGAUUGCGUGUUGCUGAUAUGAGUGUUGUGCCUGUUUUGACCAAUAAUCAUACGCAGGCUACGGCUUACGUUACUGGCGCUACUGCUGCUGAUGUUUUGGUUCGGGAGUAUGGGCUUGAUCAGCGGGUUGCAGCGAAAUUGUAG